UGUCCUUACUCUUUGGUUUCCGGCUGUGUCCUGGGGCGUCUGGUCGUUUUGACUUCCGAGACGCUUUAUGCACGUGGAGAGUAGGGUGGGCUUUGCCACUCUGCCCUCGCAGCCCACAUGUUCGAGGAGCCUGAAUGGGCCGGGGCGGCCCCAGUAGCCGCAGGCCUUCGGCUGGUAACCCCACAGACUCGGCCAGCGGCAGCCUCGAAAAUCAAGGGUUCCAAGCGCCGCCAGCUUUUGGCCACAUUACGGACCCUAGAAGCAGCAUCUCUUUCCCAGAAACCCCCUGGUAGCCCACCUGGCAGUGACUAUGAGGAGGAGGAAGUUGUAGAACAGAAGAAACAACUGCCAAAGGCCUUGUUUGCCAAUUCCUCUGCUAAAGGAGGGGAAAAAAGGAAGAAAAAACAUCCAAAACAGGACCCACCUUGCAAUGAUUCUGAGGACAAGGAAGUAGAAAAGAAGAAGUGUCACAAACAAGUUUUUGACAAAGAUUCUGCUGAAGAGAAGAGAAAGAGGAAACACCAAAAACAGACUUCUUCAAACCCAACCCAACACCUGGACAGUGUUGACCAAACAGACCACGAAGCCUGGAAGAGUAGUGCUACAAAUAACCUGCCCAAGCCAAGCCUUGGGUCUCCUUCUCCUAAACACCUGCAUACCUUGAGCCGCAAGCAGUGGCGGAAUCGGCAAAAGAAUAAACGGAGACACAAGAACAAAUUUCGUCCACCUCCAGCACCAGAUGAGCUUCCUGCCAAGGACUCCACAGAGGACACAGAGGUGCCUCCUGCCCCCACACCAAACAGCCAAGAGACUCGGGCAGGAGCCCUACGAGCCCGCAUGGCCCAGCGGCUGGAUGGCGCCCGAUUUCGCUACCUCAAUGAACAGCUGUACUCGGGGCCCAGCAGUGCUGCACAGCGUCUCUUUCAGGAAGACCCUGAGGCUUUCUUUCUCUACCAUCGCGGCUUCCAAAGCCAAGUGAAGAAGUGGCCACUGCAGCCAGUAGACCGCAUUGCCAGGGAUCUUCGCCAGCGGCCUGCAUCCCUAGUGGUGGCUGACUUUGGAUGUGGAGAUUGCCGUCUGGCUUCAAGUAUCCGGAACCCUGUGCACUGCUUUGACUUGGCCUCUCUAGAUCCCAGGGUCACUGUGUGUGACAUGGCCCAGGUGCCUCUGGAGGAUAAAUCUGUGGAUGUGGCUGUAUUUUGCCUUUCACUGAUGGGAACCAACAUCAGGGACUUCCUGGAGGAGGCAAAUCGGGUAUUGAAGCCAGGGGGUCUUCUGAAAGUGGCUGAGGUUAGCAGCCGCUUUGAGGAUGUUCGGGCCUUUCUGGGGGCUGUGACCAAACUGGGCUUCAAGGUCAUCUCCAAGGACCUGAGGAACAGUCACUUCUUCUUGUUUGAUUUUGAAAAGACUGGGCCCCCUCGGGUAGGGCCCAAGGCUCAACUUUUAGGCCUGAAACUUCAGCCAUGCCUCUACAAGCGCAGGUGACCUCUGGACACUCCCUGAAAGGGGAGGCAGGUUCAGAACUCUCAAGACUGAAUCCAGCCAAGCUGUGGGCCAUGACCUAGUAUUGCCUUCCCUCUGUCCCAAGAACAAAGUAUGAUAAAACCCCUGUCACAGCUCUAAGUGAAGUCUUCUCAGUUACAAGGAGUAUAACAUCCCUUGGGCAAACUAAAGAAUAAGAAAUUUGCUGUGAGAAAAGGAAGAUAUCUGAGGAAUAUAGAUCUUUAGACCUCAUGAAAACUAGUUGGUUUGGAAUUGAAGGUUCUCUGGAUUUGGCUCUUCUUUCCAUCUCUCAGAAGGCACAUGGGCUUUUUGUCCUGAUCUCUCCACUGUGCUCUUUUCUGAUCUGUACUGACCAGCCUCUAGUCACUUCUGUCCUCUCAGCUUUAGUCUGCCAAGGCCUUCAAGACUGCAGACAGGUAGCUUGUCUGUCAUGGCAAUUAUAAUCUUGGCCUACUAUUUACAGCUGGAAGUCAUGUAAUCUCUGAUUAUUACAUUUCUCUCUUGAAAAAUGCUAAAAUUUCUGUCUUACAGCAUUGUUGUCUGGAUUAACUGAGGAGGUCUAUAGCCAGGACUGGAAACAUAGAAAGUGCUCAAUAAACUAACUCUGUCUAUUAUAUGUUGUCUUAUUGUUCUUUGAAGACCUUUCUUGGAUCUGGUAGAAGGCUGAAGUGAAUAGAUUUGUUGACUGAGAAAGAUUCUGGGAGACUUAAGGUUAAGACUUUCAAGAGACUCAUUUCAUGGGAUGCUUAGAGACUCAAUGUAUUUUGAACUGUCCUUGGAAAGAGGUAGUCCAGGAGUUGAGUUUCUAUUCAUGCACAGCUAGUUGAUGUCACACUGGUAUAGGCAAUUGUGCUGCUUAUGGUCAAAUCGUCUGUCCAUUGUUUUUGCCUUGUAGUGGGCCCAGAUCAGCAUGUCAUCAGAGGCUAUAGGCAAGCAAGUCUAGUGCUAGGGAAAUUUGAGAUAGGAUGACAGAUCCUAAGCCUCCCCUAGAAGGUAGCUGCCUUGGACCCAGUUGUAAAGAUAUAGCCUCUUCUGUCUAAGAACAAAUCUGAGAGUGCCUACUAGAAAAACAUAGGUAACAGGGCUCUGAGCCAUUUGGAUGAGCUGUGAACCAUUCAACAUAAGUAACACWAUGCCUUUGCAUGUUUUGUUCUCUACUGACUUUAGCAAAGUUUUUCUCAUCUGACUUUAGGAAAGUUUGUCAUCCUAAAUAUAGUCGUUUCAUAUUCCCCCACUCCCAAAGCAGAAUUAUUUUUCAUCUGUGUUCUCAAAGUACUACACAAAGAGUUAGCAUUUAAAUACUGUGUGUUGUAGUUACUCUGUUGAUUAGGCUUCAGUCUUCUGAGCCAUAUUUAGUUUUGUGUUUCCACAGCUUAUCACCUGAGGUAUAGCCAAUGUACUCAUUUACCUAGGGAAGGCUAAGAAAUGACAAGAUCUAUUCGAGUUGAGAUUGAUGAGAGUAGCAGUAUUGUAAAAGUCUAGGUUUGUAGCAUAAGAUCAAARUGUUGUGGACUAGUGAUGAAAGAAGUAGGAGAACUUCAUUAGAUAGAAUUGGUGGGAUGUCAAGGGUGGUUGAGAGAAUGGAAUCUGCAGUAAGUUCCAGGUUUCUGGCUUGAGCAACUGGGUGGGCUGAUGAUACCUGUUAAGGUGUUCAGAUACUCAUCAGAUGUCAUUUGAAAGUGAGACAAGCUAGGGGUAAUGGUGCAUGCCUAUAGUCCUAACUACUGCAAGGCUUAAGCAAUAGCUAGAACUGGGUUGUGUUUGCUCAUUUGAGUCCAAGAGUUUGAAACUAGCCUAAGCAACAUAGUGAGACCUGUCUCAAAAAAAGAAAAAGAAAGAAAAGUAUGAGACAUGGGUGAAAUUGUGCCAGGGAUUUGGGGAUGUAACCUAGAGGUGGUAAAGUUGAUGGAAUAGAUAAAGUAUUAAUGAUAGGAAAAAAAAAAAAAGAGAAAGUGGCUCAGAAUUGAAUUCUGAAGUGCAUUUAAUAGAUGGACAAAGGAAAGUUAACCAGUAAAGGUGACAAGAUGAGAAGGUUGAACCAUACAGGAGUAAAAUCAGAAAAGUAGUUUUUUUAAUACAGGAGGAAUGGGCACAUUGUCAACUAUCAUAUGCUGUUUAGAGGUCUAUUAAAAUGAGAGAGAAGUCAGAUUGCAAUUGAGUGAAGAUUGCUGCACAAUGGUGAGGGCGGUUUGAAUUUGUCAUAUUCUUGAAUUUACAGUUUUACCAGUCAAUCUAAUGAUGUGGUUGUCUUUAUCUACUCAGGAAUCUGGGUAUAACUGUGAAAGAGGGGAGUAUUAUGGGAUCAUCCAGAGUUGAUGUCAUGCAACUGAAAUGAACGGAUAAUGAGCAAAGGAGUUUUAGGCUAUCACAURUAAGUGAUGGCUGUGCUGAAUUGUGGAGUUUUGUAGAAUAGGUAAGAGAGUGGAGAUCGGAGUAGGUUUUUGUAUGGCAAGUUGUACGAUAAUCAGACAAGUGACCUGGGAAGAUGGGAAACUUACAGAAAUCAGAAGCCUGAAUUAUUAAUUUUAGAAACAGAGCACCUCCAGGUGAGGGUAGUCUAGGGUGUGUCCACUGGGGUAAGUGCCUAAGAGACAUGAAAGGGAGGUUGCCUGGAGAUUGGAUAAUGAACUGAGGGUCAGGUAUUAUGGGGAGGGGGUUGUCUGUGUAGAUUUGAAUUUCUCCAGAAUGAUAGUAAAGUUGACAGUGGAGCAGGUACCAACUUCUUGAAGGGAGGAGAUGCUCCAGAAGAUCUAUGGACAAAGAAAGGGAGGGAGAGGGCAGGAUGGCAUUUAUUUCAAAAAAGCAGAAUUUAUACAACCUACUAGAAAGACUUCCAUGUUAGGGGUAAUGUGAGCUGGUGAGUGGAGCUGGCUGCCAGGCAGCCAACAUAAAAUGCUCUGACAGUCCUCUCCAGUUUCAUGGAAUUUAUUGGGAGACUAUUGUGGCAUGAAGUAGGAGCUUCCUGUAAUAACCAAGUGGGAGGCAAUCCAUAAAGAUUAAUAAAUGUGUUUUUGAGUAUCAAAAGUAUCUCACUGUAGGAUACACAAUCAUCUUUCAUAGCUAGCUCCACAUUUGCCUUUUUUCCCAAAUGUUACUAACAUUCAUAGCUCUGGAGUAUUUCCUAUGUUUUCUCAUUAAACUCAGCAGGCCAGCUGAGGUCUGCCUUAUAAUUUGGAUACUCCCUUUGCCUAUUGUGAUUGCAGCCACCUGAAUAAACAUCUCUCUGAAUCUGACUCAGGCCCUAGUGUCAUCACAUCAGUCAUCCUGAUUCCAAAAGCAGGACUCUCCUAAGCCUGAUCUGGGUCCUGCCUUCUCUGUCAUCAGCUUCAGGACAAACUUGUUCAAGUCCAUUCUUGGGCUUCAAUGUCUUUUGUUGAGAGUCCAUACUAAUAGAAAAAUAAUGUAUAUUUCAUUAAGGAAUAAUAGCUUGCUCACUGAUUAAGGAACUGGAAACCUGUGUGGCUAAAACUGAUUGAAGGAGGGACAAGAGUAGUAGGAGACAGAUUGAAUUAGAAGGGUAUUACUGCUAGAAUAUGAAAGGCAGUGGUUCUCAAACUUUAGAGUUCAUUAGAAUCACCUACAAGGCUCAUUAUUGUGCAGAUUUCUAGCCUUCUCCCUGAGUUUCUGGGUCAGUAAAUUAAGAUCAGUCCCCACAAAUUCUUUUCUGGUUGUUUGAAUUUUUUCAGUGAAACAGGAAGCAAAUUUGUUGGUUGAAAGUGAGAAUGGUGAGGAGGUGUUGGGGUUUAAAGGAAAAGAGAAGUAAAUAUUAUUUCUAGGAGAAUGGAUGAAGGAAUGAUUGAACUAGUGCUGGCAGCAUUUAUAGCAUACUAGAAGUUCAAGUCAUAAGUAAAAAGGAUGGGAUAGGAGCAGAUUGGUACAAGAUUGUUUUUCAGAAAAUUUGUUUCUCAGUGUACAGCGGGUCUGUCAGAACCUAAUCCCUUCUUUAGGGAGGGGCAGGAUUUUGCCCUCCUACUUCAAGUCCCUUGGAAACUUCACUGGGACUAUUUAGGGAGCAUGAGGUACUUAUUCCUACAGCUGAGGAAUGAUGAGUUUGGAGUCUGAUCCCUACCCUGGAAAUGUACAGGGCAAGUAAAAGCUCACAAACUCUUUCAGUGGUGGGGUCAAGAGAUUGCUGCUGCUUUGACAUUGGUCUCCAUUUCCAGAAUUUCCUCUGGCAAGUGAUGCAUAUGUGUAUCCUCUUUCCUUGCAGGAAAGAGGGAACUGUGGGGUUGGGUCUUCGGUCUUGUCCAAUAGGACCAUUUUGAAGAGGCUAGGAGACUUGGCACAGAUAAGUGAGGAGUGUGCCAUGUGGGCUGGGGAGGGAGUUGCAGGGUUCCACCCAGAAUAUAUAUGUAUCCACCAAGGUCUCUAGGUGACAGCAGGGAUUUACCUAUGAAAUAUCUGUCAGGCACAUAGGACACAUAACCUCCCAGUCAAGCCAGACUGUUUUACCCCCUUACUUUCUCUCUCUCUCUCUCUCUCUCUCUCUCUCUCUCUCGACUUGGGCACACAAUAAAUAGCAGCAAUUAGGUGGAGAUGAAGUAUGAAAGAGCACUCCUCCUUUCCCCAAAGCA